GCAAUGUUCGCAGCAGCCACUAAGAACUUUGUGAAGCAGGUGGGGGACACCGGGCGCCUGAUUCCCGUCCCGAGCCUCAGCGAGGCCGACCGAUAUCAGCCUCUCAGCCUGGUGACCAGGAAAAGGAGGAGGCAUUUCUGGAAGAAGAACAAAUAUGGCUCGACACCAUUCUCACUCAAGGACAUACUCGUGGGAGAAAAGGAGAUCACUGCGGGAGUGUCCUCUUACCAGCUUCUCAACUAUGAAGACAAGUCAGACGUGUCUCUAAAUGGGCGUCUGGGCAACCAUCUGAUUCACGAAGUGGGCGUCAACAUCAGCGGUUCAGACUCCGUGGCGGUCAAAGCGUCCUUUGGGGUUGUGACUAAACAUGAGGUGGAGGUUCCGACCUUACUACGGGAGCUGAACUCAAGGAAAGUCGAUUUGGAUCACUGUCUGAUCCGUCAGUCUAAGGACAGCGGACGGACCGUAUUGUGCGUCGUCAUGGAGAGUAUUCGCACCACGCGACAGUGUUCUCUCACCGUCCACGCUGGCAUGCAUGGGGCUACCAUGCGGUUUCAGAUAGAUGACAUCCAUAAUCCCAGAGGCCGUGACAAAGCCAUUGUAAUUCCCGCCCACACCACCAUAGCCUUCAGUAUAUUUGACCUUUAUGUGCGUCUUGAUGGACGUCUCGAUAUCUGUGUAGCACCGGAGUCAGUUGGAGGCUUUGAGAGAGAACAGAUGCGCGAGCAGCUCGGAGGAUUCAUCGGCAGGUUUUCAGUCGGCAGGCUGCGAAGGUUCUUCUCGGGAAUCAUUUAUGGGAACCCCUUCAGAGCAGACGACAGAACGUUCGAGGAGCUCACGCACUCAGACCUGUACAUGGAUGACGUGGCGGAUUACUACGAGAAAGCGGCCAGCAUGACCGACCUGUCCACAUCGUACCUGCGUGAGGACAAGCACACUCGCGUCAACCUGCUCAACCAUAACAUCCCCAAAGGCCUGUGUGCUCUCUGCAGCAAGUCCCACCAGCGCAGAGAGACCGUCUACGGCUGCCUCGAGUGCUCCUCUGGUGGGCAGAAGUAUGUGCGCCUACACGCCGUGCCGUGCUUCGACCUGUGGCACAAAAGUUUACGGUGA